AUGAGUGUAAUGCCAUCUGUGCUAGUAUUGGGGGAGACUCCUGCUUUGUUGCAACUUUCAUGGGCAUUGUCUAAUUCAAACUGGCCAGUCAUAAAGUGGGAGUACUCAAAUAGAAAUGCAAAACAAGCUAAUAAAGGUUACUUCAUAUACUCAAAAUCUGGAUUGGCUGAAUUUUCAGCGACCGAAUUAUUAACCGGCACCACGGAGUUGGCACUGUGGUUAGCCACUAGAACUAAAGAGAAAUUGGAUUAUUUGCUACUUGCACCAGGCAUUUGUGACGAAUCGAUACAAAAGCUUAAAUCAGCACAGAAGAUAAUUGGUGAUGAAACAAUCGUGAUUGUUGACUCAAGUGACGAUCCUUGGGAAACCUUCAAAGUUGAGAAAUUGUUCACAUGUAAUGUUAUUCUUGCGAUGUAUUCCGACGUUGAGAGUAGGGUAUUGGAUGCCAGUUCGAAAUCAUAUCAACUAGUGAACGAUUGUCGAGAGUUAAUUUUAGGACAUAACACUAUAAAGCAGUCAUCUAACUCCAAAGAUUGUCUUGAUCUUAGUGGUGAAAGAGGAAAGAGGUUAUUAUUCCUCAAGAUCACUUAUGAUAAAGCAGUAGGUCAGCCGAAUUCUCUCAAAAUAAUUCCUUCAAGCUCUCUGAAUACUUUAAGUAAAGCCCUUUGGAUGAAGGUUAUGGCGGUAGCCUGCAUCGAUUCAAUGUCAUUGAUAUUUGAGGAGCCUGAUGUCUUGCUAUUGUUUGCCAGAGUGGGUUCAUUUACAACCCUGGAAGGAGCUUUUCAUGAAAUCUUAAAUUUAUGUGGAAAGUUGCAAAGAAAAGUUUUACCUCGUGAGAACUCCUUUGAAUCAAGGGCAUUGUUUAAGUUUUUGAUUAUCGUUCAGCAAAACAAAAGGUUGGAACGUAUGUCAACAUUGAGAGAUAUGAAUAAACUACCGAACUCUAUUGAAGAAACAGAGGCUCUUUAUGACUUCAGCAAAAAACAAAGACAGAAAACAGUGGGAAUCAUUUCGGAGCUCUUGGAAAGAGCAAAGGAAACCAAUGUUCAGGUUCCAAAUUUAAAGUCAAUUUUAAAUUACGUUGCUAUGCUGACAAUAUUUAGAGAGAGAAGUAAAAUAGUGGGAACUCCUCAUGUAACUCAGCAUUCCACUAGGACUGCUCAAAAUCAAACGAGUAACUCUUUGGCUCUUAAGGAUAAUGCAUCGGUAAAGAAAAUACAUUCUCUCAAUAGCCCAUUAGGAAUAGGAACACUAGUUCAGUUUCCUCUGGGGUGUAAACCUUUGAUAUUGAUGAGUAUUAUUCAAGGGACUUCAUCAAUGAGAGGUACCUCGAAAAACAACAUAGGUAAUGUGGACAACGACAGUGACACUGAGCACGACAGUCUUGACUCCCAAUUACGAGAAUUAAUUACAGGAAGAGAAAAGUUAACUUAUGGAGAAGACAUAUUUUAUGACGCUGAUAAUCAAAAUUUGCAGCCGGUUACACCUUCACGGGCACCUUACAACUCCAACCAAUCUCAAGAAUAUGUGCUUCAAAAUACUGCUUCACCUCAGCAGCUACACUACAAGAAUCACUUUUAUCUUCAGCCUUCAUCUAAUUUUCAAUCAGAGGUCAGCCGGCUUUCUAAUUCAAAUCUAUUGAAUUCCCAUGGCACUGGAUCACCGUAUUCAAUGCAUAGAAAUGCGACUAAUACGUCAUCCAGUACGAUUGCAAGUAAUGGUGACAAUAGCAUCUCUCAGUCUAAUUCACUAUCACAGGCCAAUUGUCCAGGAACGAACUCCAAGAAGAAGAAAUUCUUUUAUCAUGUUCCAACGCCUACAAACAAACACACAUCUUCUCAGAAGCUUCGUGAUUCUCAUGCUAAUCUUUUAGAAUUAGUUCAAUUCAGCGGGCUAGUAGAACAUGGCUCGUCAAGUCGUUAUGGCGAUGUUGACACUUCGUCAGUUGUCUUAAGCAGUGCUAAUAAUAGUGGCAGGAGUAGUGCUAGGAGUAGCUUGACUCCAAGUAGAGGAAGCACUAAAUAUGAUUCAUAUGUUCCUCAAUCUCAUACAGAAUCUCAGCAGUCUCAACCACAGCAAUCAUCACAAGCUUCACAGAGCCAACUGCAUGCUUCUUCACUGACGGGUUAUUACGAAGAGUUCAGGAAUGCAAGAAACCGGAGAAACGCAACGAAUUGGUCACAUCGCUCUACCUGA